AAAACGGUACGAACCGCGAGCGUCCUCCAUGCGGCCGUUGCUACUGUACUGUAUCACCAACCAACCUCGACGAGGAUCGAGGAUUGACGCCAAACACAACCAAAACCAACCCACAAGCAACAACAUUACUGGCUAUUAAUAGAGUACUACUAGUAGUACCUGACUCCAUUCAUCCAUCGCAGUACACGUGUAGACUACCUUUUAGUUGGUACAGUCGAAAUCCAUCCAGCACCAUGACAGAAACAGCGGCGAACCCAGCCAACACGGACACUUCUGAUCUGCCCGAGCCCACCGAUGAGAAUUGCACGCGGCAUGUGCUACAAGCAGAAGAAGAACUGCGUUUGGAAGUUUCCUUUUUGGGAACCAAAAUCGAGACAACCUGUGUGAUUGAAUUGAAGAAGGGUUCCUGUGAACUCUGGGGUGUGGAAUUGGCCUUGCAGAAAAAGUACACGUUGGAUGGGGGCUUCAAGGCAGCUCUCUUUACAUGGCAUGGUUGUGUGGUCGAUGUCACUUGUGAGCAUUUGGAUAUUUCAUACAGUUCCAACGAAACCGCCGCCAAUGUGGCCUAUGUCAAUACGCAUGCCCAAUUGGAAGCCUUGAGGGAUGAUGCUGCCAUGAAUGGUCAAGAAGGACCCCGUGUUUUGAUUGUGGGACCUCCAGAAUCGGGAAAAUCCAGUCUGACCAAAAUUCUGGUAGCGUAUGCCACCAAAUUGGGAAGGACACCACUCUGGGUGGAUUUGGAUCCUGCGGACAAUGGCGUCAGUGUCCCUGGCACUCUAGCAGCUGUCCCCAUGGCGGGAGAUAGUGCCGUAGUGGAGACUUAUGCCACAGGAGGGAUCCCGAUUGGGACCACUCCACUGGUGCUCUUUCAUGGGACCACCACGCUACAACCGGAACUCUACAAGGCACAAGUCACGGCACUGGCCGACAAAAUACAACUUCGUUUGGAUGCACAGAAGGAUGUACAACCCGACGAAAACAACAAUCCAGGAGCUGCUCCAAACUUCUUCAAUGAACGGUCCAGUGGUAUUAUCGUCAACACCAAUGGCUGGAUUCAAGAUGAAGGAUUCCAGUUGCUACUGCAUACCAUCAACGUCAUGAAAAUCACUGUCGUACUCAUCAUGGGACACGAUCGACUCUACAGCAUGAUGUCCAAUCACAUCAAAAAAAUAGCCGACACCGCCGUCAAACCUAAAAUCAUCAAAUUGCCAAGAUCCGGAGGGACAGUCUCACGAGAAGCAGCCUUUCUUCGACAAGCCAGGUCACGCAGUAUGAAGCGAUACUUUUACGGAGACAUGGUCGAACCCACACAACAACAGCAACAAGGUGCCACCACCACCACCACCCGUGUUCCACAAUUGACACCUUUUCUGAAUCAAAUUCCGUUCAAAGAAUUGACACUCUACAAAUUAUCGGCCAUUGCACUCAGUGCCUCCUUGUUGCCCGUGGGAAUGGGGCAGUCCACCGACAGCAUUCAAGUACAAGAGGUGGAAUUGUCGGAAUCAUUGCAGCACGCCCUCGUUGCGGUCUGUCAUCCCCAUGCGGUGGCAGCCUACCAGAAAUCCGGACGGGCCAGAGAUUUGUUCCAAGCGGGUGCCGCAGGAUUCUGCGCCAUUGAACGAGUCGUCAUGGAUACCGACACAGUACAUUUGCUGUGUCCCUGCGCGGGAAACUUGCCCAGCAAAACAUUGCUGCUCGGGGAUAUCACUUGGAUGGAGUAGUAGAUUCAGUAGAAACAGCAAUUAUAAUAAUAAUAAGACGGUGCUAGAAUGAAAGAUUAAACAACGCGGUUAUUACUGGCUACACGUGGGGCUCUUCAAACAUCACGCACUAAUAAUAAAGGUACCA